AGUAACAUGCCCGUAAGUCGCUAUAGUGGCGGGAGAGGUCAUGCGCGCUGUCUAUAGGUAAACAAACAACUUGAUCAGAGUAUUGCAUGAACAACAAUAGUGAACAUUGUUGUUGAUUGUGGAUAAUAUAUCCACUAGCAGCUAGUUUAACUUGCCUACUAUACGGACCAAAGCGGGGAGAGAGUUUGUUAUUAUGAGCAGGCUUCGAUCAGCGACGCAGAAGAGGAUGAGAGUUGCGCUGGACAAAACCGAGUCGUCGUCAGCAAAACCAUUGCGGAAAAGAGCAAAAGCAACUGUGAAACAAGUCUUCCCUCCCCUCAGAGCCCGAUGAGACUGCAGCGUCUACAUACCAUUCAUUCCAUGAUCCUGCUGACAUUACGCUCUUUAGGACACACAUCCUGUACUGGUAUGACCAGGGGAAGAGAGAGUUACCCUGGAGAACUGUGGCUCUGACAGAACCGGACAUCAACAUCAGGACGUACGCAGUUUGGGUCUCAGAAAUCAUGUUACAGCAGACCCAGGUUGCCACUGUGAUCGACUACUACAAUAAGUGGAUGAAGAGGUGGCCAACAGUACAGGAUCUUGCAGAAGCUACAUUGGAGGAAGUCAAUCAGAUGUGGGCUGGGCUUGGGUACUACUCCCGGGGAAAGAGACUUCAGGAAGGAGCUCAGAAGGUGGUAUCAGAGCUGGGGGGAGAGAUGCCCAGGACGGUUGAGGCUCUGCUGAAGCAGCUGCCUGGAGUGGGCCGUUACACCGCUGCAGCUGUAGGCUCCAUUGCGCUGGGCCAGGUGACGGGAGCUGUUGAUGGGAAUGUGAUCCGGGUCCUGUGUCGGGUGCGGGCUAUAGGGGCCGACAGUACAAGCCCAGCAGUGACUGAAGCUCUAUGGAGCACCGCCAACACGUUGGUGUCCCAAGAGAGACCAGGGGACUUUAACCAGGCCAUGAUGGAGCUGGGGGCGAGGGUGUGCACCCCUAAAGGCCCCCAGUGCACCCAGUGUCCCAUACAGACUCUCUGCCACUCCUACAGGAAGGUUAGCGUCAAACAAGAGGAGAACUCAACAAAGCUUCUGGGUAAAUUGAACAGGGUACCUGCAUCUCUGCCAGAUAUAGAGGAUUGUGUGACCUCAGGAACAUGUAACCUGUGCCCCACGGAACCCUGGGACAGCCAACUGGGCGUUCUGAACUUCCCCAGGAAGCCGGUGAAGAAAGCUCCUCGCGUGGAGCGCACACUCACCUGUGUGGUGACCCGGCCAGGAGCAGGAGGAGAUGGGGAGUACCUGCUCACCCAAAGGCCGAGCAAAGGACUUUUGGCUGGUAUGUGGGAGUUCCCUAGCCUGCUCCUGGAGGGGGAGAAUUCUGAGAUGAAACAGAAGGGGGCGCUGUGUGCUGGGGUGGGGAGAAUGUUGGGAGUUCGGCUGGACAAGGGGCUGCUCCAGUAUGUGGGGGAGGUGGUUCAUAUCUUCUCCCACAUCCACCAGACAUAUGUUGUGUACAGCCUGUGUUUGAAUGUCUCUGGAGAUGGAGGGAAAGCCCAGAGUACUACACGCUGGCUCACUAGACCUUCCCUGCAGGAAGCUGCUGUAUCCACUGGAGUGAAGAAGAUCAUGAAGCUGUACGACACUAUGGAGGAUCAAGAGGGACAAACUACCAAGAAGAAGGCUACUAACACUAAGAGUGACGGACAGCACAAGUCUAAAAAGCUCAAAGACAAUUCAACAAACAGCGGGACCAGACAGCUGUCACUCAGUUCCUUCUUCAAGAGCCCAAAACAAGAAACUUGAUCAAUUUAUACUUACAAUGAAUAACAAUGUUGUUUUUUUAAAAAGCUGAUCAAGUACCAUACAAGGACUACUACUGUGCUUUGCUGUCUGGAUAACUGUCACAAGUGGUCUAGGCGUUUAUUCCAUGACUGGAAUACUUUUUAAGAGCACAAAGUGUGUCAUUAUUGAGUUGAAUGCUGAACACUAUUUUAAACAAAUUUAAAAAAUAACAAAUUGCAACAGUGGCCUCCUAUACAGUUGAAGUCGGAAGUUUAAAUA